AUGCGUGAAGCAGAUAUUAAAAAAAUUUACGUAAAAUUUUUCAUCGAUGAUGGCUCAUCAACUAUUUCAUUAUUAAUCGAUGAAAGGUGGACAGUUGCUGAAUGUAUCCGUCGAAUUGCAACAAAAUUAAAUGUUCCAUUAAGCGAACACCAUGCUAUUGUCGAAGAGUAUCCCGAGCUUUACAUCAAACGAAUCUAUGAGGAUCAUGAAUAUUUAGUGGAAAAUAUUAUGAUGUGGACAUUAAAUUCUCAAAAUAAACUAUAUUUUACUCGACGUUUGGAUAAAUAUUCAUUUCUGGAUCGACCGGAAGAAUUUCUGGUAACUGAGAAAAACAUUGAUACAUUGGUACAUGGACCACCGUCACCGAAUACAAAAAGACAUGUAAUUAGGGAAUUUUUUGAAGGUGACAAUGUACAACCACCAGAAACAGAAGGUUGGCUAUUUCUAAAAUCUGAUGGCAAAAAAUCAUGGAAGAAACAUUUCUUUGUGCUCCGUUUAUCCGGUCUUUACUACUGUCCAAAGGGUAAAAGUCGUAACUCAAAGGAUUUGCAAUGUUUAAUGAAUAUGCAAACUAAUCAAAUUUAUACAGCCACUGACUGGAAGAAGAAAUAUAAGGCACCGUCCAGUUAUGGUUUUGCGAUCAAACAUCCAAAAAUUCAAGUGAAAGCAUCAAAAUAUAUCAAAUAUAUUUGCACCGAAGAUGCGUUAACAUUUCACAAAUGGAUGGUUGCUUUGAGGAUUGCAAAGAAUGGUCAAAAUCUAUACGAGAAUUAUAUAGAAAUGAAAAAACAACAGCAAAAAGAAUCAAAUGGUGGUAUAAUUCAACCUGUAAAAGUUGGAAUUCCUCAAAUUUCACCUGUUGAUUCAAAUCGUAUAUCAUUUGUCGAAAUGCGAAAAAAUAACAUACGACAAUGUCAAGAGCAAGAUCCAUCAUCUUUGCUAAAUUUAAAUCGUGAUUUACGAACUCCAAUUACAUCAAGAUUAUCAGUUGGAACAAGUAAUGAUGAAAAUUCUUCAUCUCAUCAAAAUAGUAUCAUUUUUGAUCAGUGUGAUGAUAUUAUAACGGGUACAAUCAAAAGAGCACCAUGCGAUAUAAUGCUUAAUAAUAGACAAUCAACGAUGACUGAUCACCGAAGUUCAAGCGAUGGCAUUGCUUCGCCAAGUGGUCGUAGUGGUGGUACCGCCGAGAGUGACAGCGAUGAGGAGCAAUUUCCGCCACUACCUCCAACUGUAGCUGCUACUAUCUCUCACGGUGAUAAUUCUCAUAAUAAUGUAAAUAGAAAUGAAGUUGAUAGUGCAAUAGUAAAAUCAACAACAAAAAUUUGUUUACCCAAACAACAACAACAACAACAACAACAACAGCAACAGCCAAGUACUAGUCAUAUGAUUGCUACCCGAUAUGGUAAUGGAAUUUCACCAACCUAUGCUAAUGGUAAUUACGUAUCAAACGUGAAAUCAAACGUUAUGGCACCAACACCACCAGCAAAACCACAAUUUAUUAUGCAAAAUGAACGAAAUAGUAAUCAAAUAAUUACAACUGAAAGCAAUAUAACAUUAGCAAAUAAUAAUCAACAUCAUCAUCAUCAUCAUCAUCAAUUUGGAAUAAAUCCCUCACAAAUAUCGCUAACAUCACCAUCAAAGAAAAUACCACCGCCACCACCACCGAAACGUUCCGAUACCACUAAACUUCAAUCGAUGAAUACUGAAGCUUUACAUUCAGAACUUGAAAUAGCAAUGGCAAGGAGAUUACAAAAAAUUGGACAACUUUAG